AUGUCCAUGAAGCUCGCCGCGUGCUCUCUCCUCCUUCCUCUAGUGCUUGCGGCGCUCCUCCACCCGGCUGAUGUCGUCGCUGUAGGUGAUGGCACACCAGACCGCGGUGGCGGUGGCUUCAGCCUGCGGCUGGUACCCAGCCACGGCUGGAACCGUAGCAUCCACGUCGACGACGACGGCUUCGUGCACCUGAAUGAGCACCCCACCACCGCGCUUCGGCCGCCCAUGCACACACAAAUUGGGGGCAAGUACAGCGUCGUCACCACCGUUGGGACGGGAGCGGGACGACGCACGUACGUCCUCGCGCUGGAUAUGACCAGCAGCGAACUGUGGAUGCAGUGCAAGCCGGUCCAAAAGCCUUUCGCACAGCAGCCGCCGCCCUUCGAGCGUGCCAAGUCGCCGUCGUUCCGCCAUGUACCGGGCAACAGCAGGUUAUGCUUGCCGCCCGCUCAUGGGCAUCGGCCCACAGUUCAAGACCCAUGCAAGUUUCGUAGCUUCGGACUUAACGGCACCGAUGCGAGAGGCGUCCUGAGCAACGAGACCUUGGCCUUCGCGGCCGCCGGCCAGGAGGCGGAGGUUGCUGGCGUCGUCAUUGGCUGCACGCACAGCAGCGACGGCUUCAACUUCAACAGCCACGGAGUGCUCGCCGGGGUGCUCGGCCUGGGAAGGCAGGCCCCGUCGCUCAUCUGGACGCUCGGCCAACACAGGCAUGUUGCCGUGCAAGUGCAUCGCUUCUCUUACUGCCUCCCUAGCCACGGCUCGCCGGACCACCACACCUUUCUUCGGUUCGGCGACGACAUCCCACACACCCAACACAUGGUGAGCACCAAGAUCUUGUACACGAGCUUCACCACUAGCCGAGAUUUCAGCGCCUACUUCGUCUCCCUCACGGGCGUCAGCGUCGGCGGGCGGCAGCUGGACCUGGAGCAUAUCGGGGAGCUGUUCAAGCGCCACAUCCAUGGUGGCAGGUGGACCGGCGGAUGCGCAUUCGAUGCUGGGACUGCGGCAAUGGUGAUGGUAGCGCCCGCUUACGAAAAGCUCAAGGACGCCGUGUUGGAGCACCUCAAGCCGCUCGGGGUGCCAACCGUGUCCCGCGUCGAGUACCACCUCUGCUUCCGCACGACAUCGCAGCUCUGGCAGCACCUGCCCACGGUGACGCUGCAGUUCGCCGAGCCUGAAGCGCGGCUCGUACUGCCGCCACAACGGCUGUUCGUCGCAGUGGGGCACGACAUCUGCCUCGCCGUGGUGCGGAGCAACGACAUCACCAUCAUCGGCGCCAUGCAGCAAGUGGACAAGCGCUUUGUCUACGAUGUUAGAGAUGGCAGGAUCUACUUCGCCCCUGAGAAUGGAUGCCAUGCAGACGCCGGCCACCAGAUUUAA